AAAAAAAAAACACAACCUUCUGUACCCAAAAAAAAAACAGAGAGAAAAGACAGAAAAACCAAAAAAAAAGAAGAAAAAAGAAAAAUAAACAAAUUUUCUUUUAUUUUUUUUUCUUCUAUAACACUUACACUUUCUCUUGUUGUUUUGUAUGAAAAUGGGAGCUAAAGAUACGGCGGCGCUAGAGACACAGUCUAUCGAGGAAGAUUUCGACCAGCCAUCUCCUCUCCGUAAGAUCAUCUCCGUCGCUUCCAUCGCCGCCGGUGUACAGUUCGGGUGGGCCCUGCAGCUCUCUCUCCUCACUCCUUACGUACAACUUCUCGGUAUCCCUCACAAAUGGUCCUCCCUCAUCUGGCUAUGCGGUCCCAUCUCCGGCAUGAUUGUUCAACCUAUCGUAGGUUACUACAGCGACAGGUGCACGUCGAGAUUCGGUCGCCGUCGUCCUUUCAUCGCCUCCGGAGCCGCCUUGGUCGCCGUCGCCGUGUUCUUGAUCGGUUACGCCGCCGACAUCGGGUACAAAAUGGGUGACAAGCUCGAGCAAACGCCGAGGGUUCGAGCCAUAGGGAUCUUCGCUCUCGGGUUCUGGAUCCUCGACGUUGCCAACAACACUCUUCAAGGACCUUGCCGCGCUUUUCUAGCCGACUUAGCCGCGGGAGACGCUAAAAGAACGCGAGUCGCAAACGCGGUUUUCUCCUUCUUUAUGGCGGUUGGAAACGUUUUGGGGUACGCGGCUGGUUCCUACACGAACCUACACAAAAUGUUCCCGUUCGCGAUGACAAACGCUUGCGAUAUAUACUGCGCGAAUCUCAAGAGCUGUUUCUUCUUGUCCAUCACGCUCCUCCUCAUCGUCACCGUCACGUCUCUUUGGUACGUUAAAGAUAAACAAUGGUCUCCUCCGCAGGUUAACCCCGGUGAGGAGAACACUAAGACCGUUCCUUUCUUUGGAGAAAUCUUUGGAGCGUUUAGAGUCAUGGAACGUCCCAUGUGGAUGCUUUUGAUCGUCACGGCUCUUAACUGGAUCGCAUGGUUCCCGUUUCUUUUGUUCGAUACUGAUUGGAUGGGACGUGAAGUGUACGGUGGAAGUUCACAAGGAGACGAUAGAAUGAAGAAACUGUACAACGAAGGAGUACACUCUGGUGCGUUGGGACUUAUGUUUAACUCUAUUGUUCUUGGUUUCAUGUCACUUGGUGUUGAGUGGAUUGGUCGGAAAGUGGGUGGAGCUAAACGGCUUUGGGGCAUUGUGAACUUCAUUCUUGCUGUUGGUUUGGCCAUGACGGUUCUUGUUACAAAGUUGGCGGCGGAUUACCGGAAAAUCGCCGGUCCUUAUGCCGGACCGUCGCCCGGUAUUAGAGCUGGAGCGUUGAGUCUAUUUGCUGUUCUUGGUAUCCCGUUGGCUAUUACUUUCAGUAUUCCGUUUGCACUAGCCUCCAUAUUUUCAAGCAGUUCCGGCGCCGGCCAAGGGCUUUCUUUAGGAGUUCUAAAUUUGGCGAUCGUGAUACCACAAAUGAUAGUAUCACUAGGAGGAGGACCUUUCGACGCACUCUUUGGCGGUGGAAACCUACCGGCAUUUGUACUGGGAGCAAUCGCAGCGGCGAUCAGUGGAGUAUUAGCGUUUACCGUUUUACCUUCACCGCCUCCGGACGCACCUGCCUCUUCAGGAGCCAUGGGAUUCCAUUAGUUUUACUUCUUAUGUUUUAAUUUUCUUAUAAACCUCAUCAUCAAAUACAGCACUAUACUUCAAAAUUGCAAAACCCAAAAAAAUAUAAAAAAAUAAUGCAUAAUAACCUUGGGUUGUCUGUAUUUCACUCUUUCCGUUUAGUUUCUUGUUCUUGUUACCGAUUAUCAAUUUAAAAUAGAUUUUGUUUUCUUUU